AUGGAUGCGCAAUAUCCCUUUGCCUCCCGAGACGAUAUCUGGCGCGUGUUUCACGAGUUGAAGGAGCUCCAUAUCACUCAAUUUGAGCAAGGAGAGCGUCUCGCCCACCUGGAGCGACGCCGUGACGAGGAUGCCCGACUGAGAAGUCCCUGGGCAUCUGUUUCGCCUUUCCCCACAUCCGUUGGUGCGAUCACUCCAGGCAGUUCGCCUCUACCCUCCGGAAUCAGCUCACCACUGAACAAGCCUGCCAUCAUAGACACCGCCUUUAACUCCCCACCAGACGCUUUUAAAGGCUUCGAUCAGGGUCAUCCUUCCGCAAUGAGUAAUUCUGCGGUGGGAUUUGAUGGCGAGGAUGAGCCUCGCCGGGGUGCGUCCCGCGCCAACAGCGUGCGCUUUGACGAAAGUGCCCUCCAUGGAUACGGCCAGACAACCCGCAAUAGCAAUGAUCUCCCUUCUCGGACAGGUAGCGGGCUGAGCUCACAUCCGCUUCUCGAGCGCACAUUCUCACAUCAAUCUGAUGGCCGACUUAGCUCUUCCGGCCACUCUCACCAGUCGGCCCGCACUAACAGUCUACGCUUGAAUACCGCACGGCUAUCGGGGUCUACUCCCAUUGAUUCGCCUUUGAUUCCGCCACCUGGGCUCUUUUUGCUGGGACCAGUGCCUUCAAUUAUUCGUUGCUGGCUGACCGAGGAUUUCACAAAUGGCUCACUUCUCUAUGCUGCCGUUUGCACAGGCUCUUACGUCUCAUCCGUGAAUCUUUCGAUGAUCCGCAAUCUUGGGAUGGAGAGUUUGGUCGUGCGCGAGGAUGAUGCGCAAUACAUCAAGCUCCCGCUCUAUCUUCCUGAAGCUAUCGUUCACCCUUGCUCUUCACUUCCCGACAUACCCACCCAUCAAGUUCCUGCGGUGCCUGUCCGAUUCGUUAUCCGCGAAGAGGAACCUCAGGAUCAGUCUAUUCAGAUAAUCAUUGGAAGUGAUGUGCUUCGCGCCCAGAAUGCGGACAUUUUGUUCUCCCAGGACAAGCUCAUCAUGGUUGAUAGUGAGCACUAUCGAGUCUCCGUUCCUCUCGUGCGCCCCGAGAACGAUGCAGUUUUUAAGGGUCUUUACACUGCUCCGUGUACUCUUGGGUCUCGGAAUUCACAGUCUUCCUCUGUCAAUGGGAGCACUCCCGUUGGAGUUAUUGGACGCCCUAGCAGUUCCCAAGAAGAGCCAGCUCCCACGAGUUUGGCGGCCGCUUCAGGCGGGAACGGAGACUUUUCAAAGCCCAGCCGAACCGCCCACCCAAGCCCGGUCAAAGCACCAGCCCCAGAAACCCCCUCUAUCACGAGUGCCCCGAGCUCCGUGACCAAUGAAAAUAUCCCCGCCUGGAGCAGCUGGCGUCGUGACGCUAAGAGAACCUCUACACAAGCCCCGAAGCCUGAUAAGCGCGAAAUGAAAGUCUUCCGACCUGCCAAGCUUACCAGCCGUGCAACCUCCAGCGCCUCGACCUCGACUUCUGCUGGCGCAAAUUUUGACCGUGCCAAAUCACCUCCAAAUGCACACAUAACAACCUCCGACAAGGGUGCCAAUCCUGUUGGUGGCGGUUCGGCGUUUGGAUGGCUCAACCCGGCCCUCAAGCCUGUCACUCGUGGCACCUGA